CUCUACAACUGCAUAUUCCUUGCCUAUUCAACAGUAUAUAAUGAUCUUGUACGCGGGGUUUGACAUUCUGAAAGCAGUUAAGCCCAUCCGCAAAGCACAGUGGCAUGGCAACCAGACCCUUGAAACGCCCUCGCCAAUCAACCGGUUGGCCGAGUCAACCGACUGACAUAGACAACGAAGUUGUGGCUUUAGGCGGAACGACCCACGCAAUCAACCUCACAGAGUCCACUAUACAAUCUCAAAAAGCACCGGUCAGUAGGGAAAAACGUCUGGAGGAACUCGUGAGAGACUCCGGCCGUCUCAGACAAGAACUUGACUACUGGAAAGGCGUCGCCCUGAAGGGGUCCACCUUCAUAGCCAACGUCGACGAAGCUGUUGCGCAGCUUGCCGACAUUGUCAGCAGAUUUAGGAGUGUCCUUAGCGAGACAAACUCUGUGGUGGCGGAGAACAGUAUGGCUCGUGAUAAUCCGUCAGAGUCCGAUCUCAACGGCGAUAUAGAGAGACAGACCGGUUGUAGACAAGAUUUGCCGUUGACGACAGCCGACCUCAAUCUACUCCUGACUCCUGUCAGACGGGGUCGAGGGGGGUAUGACUUUGAGGUUGUUGAUCCGAAAAGGAGUCCGAAGCGGGCCCCAAACAAUCCUGGAGGCUGGUUCUAGAGUGAAGCGUAAGGUAUCACGGAGAUCAUCUUUCAUCCGCUCCGUUAUCUAGUAUUGGGAAUGAUUCUGUGCUUGUCCCGCUCCGGGCGAAAUACCUGUUGUGUCAGAAAAAGGCUUCGGCCGAUCUGAAAGUACUGUCCACUAGUUAUGAGCAGAAGCAGGGCAAGCAAUAAUCUUGAGGACGCCUAGUGUCUAUGGAAGGAGCUCCAAAUGGUGAGAUCUCGUCACCGAUUCCGAACGUGGCUGAAGUGUUCAUGCUGGGCCGCAGCUGGAAUCAGCUCUCCGAUUCCGC